AUUUUUUGAGGGAGAUGUUUAAAAUCUUUCUUUUCUUUCUUUACUCUCAACGAAGUAAGACAUGGUUCUUAAAAACUUUUAAAUAAAAACGUGGCUUCUUUUAAAUAUAUAAUGUAAAACAUAAAUUACACGAUGGAAAAUGAUUUCCAGAAUAAUUUAGUUCUUGAUAAACUACCGGAAUUAUCUGAUGAAAAAAAAAAAAUCUUGGAAAAUCAAAAUUCACGCAUGGUUUCUGAAUUUCAUGCUAAAAAGUUAGAAAUUCAAGCUUUAAAAAAUUGGGAUCUGUUUUAUAAACGUAAUGAAACUAAAUUCUUCAAAGACCGGUUAUGGACUACUCGCGAGUUUGAAGAACUUCUUGAUAAAGAACAAACCAAUACGUGCGAAAAGAAGAUAAUGCUUGAGGUUGGCUGCGGUGUUGGAAAUCUCAUUUUCCCCCUAAUUGCUGAAAAAUGCAAUAAUUAUUUCAUCUAUGCAUGUGACUUUUCACCUCGUGCUAUCGAUUUCGUGAGGAGUAAUGAACUUUAUGAUCCAGACAAUAUGAAAGCAUUCACAUGUGAUAUUACUACAGAAGAUAUCUUCAAUGAAAUAAUACCUGAAAGUCUCGACAUAGUAACAAUGAUAUUCGUUCUAUCAGCAAUUCAUCCAAAUAACUUUCAACAAGUUGCUCACACACUUUACAAACUUCUCAAGCCGAAUGGUUUGUUAAUGUUUCGUGACUAUGCCAGAUAUGACAUGGCACAACUUCGUUUUAAAGCAGGAAACAAAAUUGGUGAAAAUUUCUAUGUAAGACAAGAUGGAACGAGAUCAUAUUUCUUUUCGUUGGAUGAAACCAAAUCAAUGUUUGAGAAUGUUGGCUUUGAUGUUCUUAAAAAUAAUUUCAUCGAAAGGAGAACAAUAAAUAAAAAAGAAAAUAUUAAUGUCCAGAGAUGGUUUCUUCAAGGAAAAUAUCGUAAACCAAAUAGUCCCAAGACUUUGUGCAAACCUGCACCGUACUCGACUGAUCCUGAAGCAAUAGCUGAACGUGAAGCAUGCGAUUAUUCGCAACGAAUUAAUGUGGAUAUGGCGAGAAAUGGAAAUUGUCCACGAAAAGUUCGUGUUUAUACUGAUGGUAUUUAUGAUCUUUUCCAUCAAGGACAUGCCCGUCAAAUGAUGCAAGCCAAAAAUGUUUUCCCAAAUUCACAAGUUUAUCUCAUCAUCGGUUGCUGCAGUGAUGAAUUGACUCAUUCACUAAAAGGACGAACGGUCAUGACUGAUGUGGAACGUUAUGAAGCUAUUAGACAUUGUCGUUAUGUCGAUGAGAUUAUUCGAGAUGCUCCAUGGAAGAUAAGCGAUGAAUUCAUGGAGAAAUACAAAAUUGAUUUCGUUGCUCAAGAUUCGACGCCUUAUGUUAGUAAUGGUUGCGAUGACGUCUACAAAGAGAUUAAAGAGAAAGGAUGUUUCGUUGCAACCGAAAGGACUGAAGGUGUUUCGACAUCUGGAAUUGUCGCCAGAAUUGUUAAAGAUUACGACUUGUAUGUACGAAGAAACCUCCAACGUGGAUAUACAGCCAAAGAACUCAACGUAUCGUUCUUGAAUGAGAAGAAGUUCCGACUUCAGAAUAAAAUUGAUGAAAUGAAGCAUAAAGGAAAGAAGGUCAUCGAUGAUGUCAAAGGAGAUUUUAUUCAAAAGUGGGAAGAGAAAUCAAAUGAAUUUAUCAGAACAUUCUUGAUGCUCUUCGGGCGAGACAACUUGAGUCAAAUUUGGGAUAAAUCGAAAGGAAGAAUCAAAGACGUCAUCCGUCCAAGAAGUUCAAGUCGUGGAUCGACUUCAUCGAAUGAAAAUUUUGACAGUAGUCAAACGGAUUCUCCACCACCUAAGAGAUUUGCUCGUGCCAAACAUUAUUCCAUCACUUCAGACGAAAGUGAUGAAGAAACAUUUGAAACUGCAUCUGGUUUUCCAUCAAUUUCUUUUAAGAUACCAUCACCAUAAACUUCAAACUAUGUACAUCAUCUCUUGUUCAUCCUCGUCGUUAUCAUCCGUGUUUCCUAUUAUUAAUAUUUUCUGUGAUAAAUGAACCUUCGAUGUUCAUAAUUAAGAGAAUUGUUGAGUUUUGAAUGAUGGAAUAUUUUAUGGGAAAAUUUAGAGUUUCAAUUUAUUUCGUAGUGAAAUGGUAAAGUGUAAAUUCAUUAUACGAUAGGACAAUUAUGUUGUGCUAUCAAUAUGCAAUAAAAAUGAUUAUUUAAUAUACUAAAACUAUUAGAUAUUUAAUAAUUUUAAGGAUUAUUAAGAUCGCCGUGAUCUACUUGGUUUCGAUGAGUUCAAUUUUGGAAUAUUUAGUGACAUGGAAUGGUUAAAUAAGGUUCAAUACUUCUACUUAAAGUCUUGUUGUUUGGUAGUUAAACUUCAUUCUAAACUGUAC